AUGUCACUCCACCCAUUUACUCAAGCUAGGGAUUACGAGAUUAGAUUAGCUUCAAAGUUAGUUAAGGAUUCUUAUCCGGCAUCUGCUAAUGUCCACUUUGUUCAGAUUGAUAGGUGCGACCCUCCAAAGAAGUCCAUGGUUGACUACAUUAGCGCUGAAAGAGAAGGCUUGCCAACUCCAAACAUUCCAAGAGUAUUUUACUGCUACUACUACACCAAUACGUUUGACUUUAACAAGGCCUUGGUCAAUGUUACUGCUGGUCAUGUCAUCACCAAGGUUAAACAACCAAAAGGUGUAGUUGGUCCACACUUGCCAGAUGAUAUGAUGGAAAUUGAAGAAUAUUGCAACAACCACCCAGCUGUCAAGGCAGAAGUGGAAAAGUUGAAAUUGCCCAAAGGAUACACCGUUAGAAACGACCCUUGGAUUUAUGCUACUGAUGAUCCAAACGAAAAGAGACUUUUGAUUCAAUGCUUUAUGUACGUUUUGGCAGGCAAUGGACACAGUGAAUCAAAUCACUACUCCUUGCCAUUGAAAUUCUCCCCCGUUUUUGAAGCCUUUACCAAAAAGUUUGUCAGAAUGGAUUUAUUACCUGGUGGGUUUGACGAAACAACAGUCCCAACUGGGCCAUGGCAAGAAGUUCCAUGUAGGGAAUACCACCCAGACUUGAACGGUGAAUCGGUUCCAAGAGAUGUCAAGCCUUUGUUGAUUUCUCAACCAGAAGGGCCAUCCUUUACUGUCAAGGACGGUAAAGUUAAAUGGCAAGGUUGGGAAUUCAGAGUCGCCCCAACCUGUAGAGAAGGUUUUGCUGUUUAUGAUGUUUGGUUCAAAGGUAGACAAGUGUUUUACAGAAUCUCCUUAUCUGAAAUGACUGUUCCAUACGGUGAUCCAAGAAAACCAUACCACAGAAAACAAGCUUUUGAUUUGGGUGAUUGCGGAUUCGGUGCCUUUGGUAAUAGAUUAAACUUGGGAUGCGACUGUUUGGGUGUUAUCAAGUACAUGGAUGGUCACAGUAUCGAUGCCAAUGGUGAACCAGUUAUUAUUCCAAACACUGUUUGUAUGCACGAGCAAGAUGAUGGGUUGUUGUACAAGCAUGUCAACUACAGAACUUUGAAUGCUGUUGUUGCCAGAAAGAGAAUCUUUAUCGUCCAAACAAUUGCCACUGUUGCUAACUAUGAGUACAUCAUCAACUUGAAAUUUGUCACCGAUGGUUCUAUCGAUAUUGAAACUAGAGCCACCGGUAUCUUGUCAACUAUGCCAAUUGAUGAAAACGUCAAGGUCCCAUGGGGUACCAUUGUUGCACCAAACUGUAUGGCUGCGUACCAUCAACACAUCUUGUCAUUCAGAAUUGAUCCAGCAGUGGAUGGACACAAAAACACAGUUGUCUAUGAUGACACCAAGAAGUUGCCAAAGGACAAGGACUUGAAUCCAUUUGGUACUGGUUUUGUCAGUGACCGUCACUUUAUUGAGAAAGCCGGUUAUGUUGAGCAAUCACCCUUUACAAACAGAACCUGCAAGAUCAUCAAUGAAAACAUCAUCAACCCAGUUUCAAAAACCCCGGUUGGAUACAAGAUCAAUAUGCCAGCAAGACAAAUGUUGUUGGCCGAUAGAGACUCAUUCAACACUAAGAGAGCUACAUUCGCCACUCAACAAGUUUGGGUCACCAAAUACCGCGAUCAUGAAUUGUACGCUGCUGGUGAAUUCACUAACCAGUCCCAAAAGGAUACUGGUGUUGGCGUGUGGGCUAACGGUAUUGACAAUGUUAGAAAUGAGGAUUGUGUUGUUUGGGCCACUUUGGGAUUCACCCACAUCCCAAGAGUUGAAGAUUUCCCCGUUAUGCCUGUUGAAACCCACAACAUUCAAUUGGCCCCAUUCAACUUCUUUGAUAGAAACCCAGCUUUGGACCUUCCUCAAGCAAACAAUGCUUUCAACAAGAGUGUCUUGGUUGAGGGAGAAGGUAAUGAUGCUUGUUGUAAAACUAAAAUAUAG